AUGAGAAAAAUACAAGUAAGCACCAAUAGACCUGGAGCAGUGGAGUCCACUGAUUCAAAGAAACGAUGGACCCUUGAUAACUUUGAUAUUGGCCGACCUUUAGGAAAAGGGAAGUUUGGGAAUGUCUACCUGGCCAGGGAGCGCCAGACUAAGUUCAUCCUGGCUUUGAAAGUGCUUUUUAAGAAGCAACUAGAAAAAGCUGGUGUAGAGCAUCAGCUCAGGAGAGAAGUUGAGAUCCAGUCCCACCUCAGACACCCUAAUAUCUUGCGUCUGUAUGGUUAUUUCCAUGAUGCAUCCCGUGUUUACCUAAUUUUGGAGUUUGCUCCCAAGGGUGAGCUGUACAGUGAGCUGCAGCGCUGUGGUCACUUUGAUGAUCAAAGAACUGCCACGUAUAUAACAGAACUUGCUGAUGCCCUUCACUACUGUCACUCCAAAAAGGUCAUCCAUAGAGACAUCAAGCCAGAAAAUCUUCUUUUAGGUGCCAAUGGAGAGCUGAAAAUUGCCGACUUCGGUUGGUCGGUGCACACUCCCUCUUCUAGGCGGUCCACCCUAUGCGGAACUCUGGAUUACCUUCCUCCAGAAAUGAUUGAGGGGAGAACUCAUGAUGAGAAGGUGGACCUGUGGAGUUUAGGAGUCCUCAUCUAUGAGUUUCUGGCUGGGAAGCCUCCUUUUGAGUCAAAGGGCCAUGAAGAGACUUACCGCAGGAUCUCCAAAGUUGAGUUCAGUUACCCAACUCGUGUCAGCCCUGGAGGCAGAGACUUGAUUGGAAAAUUGUUGAAACACAAUCCACUGCAACGGCUGCCCAUUUUGGAUGUACUUUCCCACCCAUGGGUGGUGGAACAUUCCAUCAAAACCCCACAACGAUGUCAAGCACAAGAUUCAAGAAGUGAGGAUAGUUGGAGGUAAUGUGACAUGGCCAGUAGAGGCUGUAUUCAGAGCAACAUGGUCAGAAACCUUACAGCAAAGGGAAAUCAAUGCUUUGUCAGUUUGGAAUACCUCGUAUUUGUCUUGCACUGUUUUCAUCUUCCUUUACAUGUUGUUUGCCAUUGUACAAUUGUUUAAAUCUAUAAAUUUUUACAUAAUUUAAAAAGCAAUAAACUUUCUGAAGUCUAAAUAGC